AUGCGCUCCGCCGCCAUCCUCGCCGCCUGCCUGGCAGUCCCUGCCCUGGCCCAGUCGCCGUCGCCGAGUGCCUCUGACACAAACACGGCCGACUCGACCGACACCUUUGACGACGCCACCAGCCUCACGGGCUCGACGACCGUGACCGUCUCCCCGUCCCAGUCGACGCGUCUGCCGACCCUCGCUGUCAACUCGACGGCCCCCUCGACGGCCCCCUCGACGACCCUGACCCUGUCGUCUCUCGUGUCCGGCGCUCCGGUCCCCUCGUCCAACUCGACCGCGCACACCACGUCCAGCAAGUCGGGACGGCCGGUGCGGCCCACUGUCGCCACCGAGACGGACACCGAGACCGCUACCUCUACCAGAUCCACCGGCGCUGCCUCGGCGUCCCCGACUGGGGCCGCCGCGCCCGUCGGCAUGAACACGGUCUGGCUGGGGCUCGGCGUUGCUGUCGCCUUGACGAUGAUGCAGCUGUAG